UCCAUGUUGUCAUAUGUUUCAUGACAUCGUUCCUUCUUACUGUUGUGUAGUAUUCCAUCAUGUGUAUAUACCACAUUUUAUUUAUCCACCCAUCUGUGAACAGCAUUUCUUAAGAUUUCAUGAGAUUCCUGUGAAUCUUAAAUUCUAAAAAGGGGAGAAGGAAAAGCACUCAAAAAAAAAAAUGGUCAAGUUGAUUUCAGACAGUGUGGAUAUACAAGAAGGAAAGUAAAAUGGGACAACCUGAGAGAGCUGCCUGGAGUGGCUCCAGCAGGUGAGAAAAUUUAGAGUGAGUGGUCAGGGAAAACUCCUGGAAGGGGGUGAUUCUUAAGUGGAGAUGUAGAUGAAAAGAUGAAACCAGCUCUGGGAGAUGCUGGGAAGUGUGUUCCAGGCAGAGAGAACAGAUGUGCAAAGGCCGUGCAUUGGCUGGAGAGCACAUGCUUCAGGAAAAGGCAAGGACCACAGGUGAAGACCAUUUGGCAUUCAUUCCAAGCUCAGGGGUUAGCAAAUAUUUUCCCUAGAGGUCUAGAUAUAAAUAUUUUAGGCUUUGUGGGUCAAGAGGCAAAAUAAAGGCUAUCAAGAAGAUACUUAUAAAACAAGAGAAAAAUCUGCAUUGUCCUGCCCUUUGUACUUGGGGUGGGCUGUCCAUGGUGGUGGACAUGCUUUGCACCCAGUUGCUAAAGAUAUUCUUGGGACAAAGAUCAGAGGGAUCAAGGCAAGGAGUCAGAAGGGCCCAGCAGAUGCAGGAGAUCAGUUCAGUGACAUCUGGAUCACAGAGGACCUUUCUUUUAGGAGAACCUAGCUAUGAUAUCCUUUUUGUUUUUCAUUUCAUUAUUUAUUUAGAUAUUUAAGCUCUCGCAUUAGGUUUUUACAAGCUGGCAAAUACUGACAAAUUUUUUCUCCCACAGAAUGUUAACCACGCAUUCCCAGACAAUAUAAAUAUACAGUUGAACUAACAUUAAUACACAUCAUCAUUUUCUCAAUUAGUUAAUAAAACAAAUUAUCAAGAUCCAAAUAUUAAGUUACAUAGUUCAAAAGACAUGUAAAAUAUUAGAUGUCGCUGAAUCCAUUAGCAGAAACCUACAUCUUUUUUUGCAAAAGUGGAUGGGAAGAGAAGGAAAAAAAAUCACACUUUAAACAAAAAUGACAGUUGGGAAACAACUUCCAAUAGAUAUGGAAAAAGUGACAAGAAUUUCAGAAAUCUUAUGAUUAGGAAUGAAUCAUUGUAGCUACCAUAACGAAGCAUCUCUACCAUUUAAAAAAGUAUUUAGUAAAUUAAAGAGCAUAUUCUAAAUAUUCUGCACAAGUCAAAAGCAACAUUUUACUAAAAAUAUUUAAUAGCCUUCUCCCAUUCAUUUGUCAGGCCUUCCAGGUUAAGUUGCAUCCCAAAGUGCAAACAUUAAAUUAACUUUGUCUUUUUUUGUCUGGAGAUGUUAAAAGACAUGGGCUUCUAUGCAAUGUAGACUUUCAAAAUGCAGGUUUUCUGUCAUGUCACAAAAUGUGAUUUAUAGAGAGAUAUUAAAUAAUCACCACCAGAUGUGGUAAAAAUCCAACAAAAUCCAAUGAUUGCACAAAUUUGAGGUGUACAGUCAAAUAAACAUACAGGCCCUACUUUCAAUGUUUGGAACAAUUGAAGGAAUAAACCACAUAAAGCCGAGAGUGUUCAUAGUUCCUGGGAUUUUAAGUUCUGUAUGACACUAAAAAUAUACAAGAGAUGUGCUGAAUAUUUUGGCACCAAAUCUCUCUAAAUUUCUUAUAUAUUGAUAAGAUUCUGGCAAGGGAAUAGAUUUAAAGAAGGAAUAACUCAAUACUGCAUGAUUUCAGGAAAGCCCAAUUGUUACAAAUGAUAAGCCCAUUUUAAAUGCUGUCCAGCAAGAAACUUUUGCUAAGUGUCCAAAAAGGCUGAUUGUAACCCAAACAUAGAGGUUGCAAUUCUGUCAAACUUGCAGCACAGUAAAAUUCUUUUCAAUACUUCUGUGGAAGCAUCAUUAGACUUAUUCAUCAACAUGUUGGCUAAUAUGUAUGACAAAUUGAGGUCCUCUCUCAAGUUCCAAAGUUGUACACAUAGGCACACAAGCACUCACAUGCAUGCAAACAUAUACACGUAUGCACAUACACAGAAGCAGCACACAUCUUCACACAUAUGCACAAAUACCAACAUGCCUGUAUACACAAACAUGCAAUGCACACACACACGUUUGCUUGUGUGUGUGCACACAGAUGCAUGUACCUUCACACACACGUGACACAUGCACACACACAACCAUGGCUGUACACACAUGCACACAAGUACAUGCACAUGCCUGUACACAUGCACAAAAGCACAGAAUGCAUACACACAUAUCUGCAUGUGUGCAUACAAAGAUGCGUGCACCUUCAUACAUAUGUGCAUAUAUGCACACAGACACCUAUGGCUCUGCACACAUGCACAUGUGUAUACCUGUGCACACACAGAUGCAUGCACACUUGCACACAUAAAUGGCCACUUGAACAUGUGUGCACACACGUUAACACACUCAUGCAUGCACAUACACCUGCACAACUGCACACCCACAGCCGCCACUCCUUUACUCCACUCUUCUAUAUUCCACUUCAUUGAUCACCUCCUAAAACACUGUAUUUUGUUUUCUUGUUUAUCAAGUUCAUUGUCUUUCUCUCCUGAAUGUGAGCUUUGUGACAGCAGGGACUCUCCCCUGUUUGGUGCACUCUGGCGUCCCCCAGCCCAGAAGGCAUCCAGCACCCAGGAGGCUCUGCUCAAUCAACAUUUGGUAACCGAGUGAAUGCUGCCCAGAAGGGGAGCUGGGGUCCCCCCUCCCUGCUCUCCACCUGAGUCACAUUGUCGGAUGCCUCUGGAAAGUGUAAGCAGCUGCACGAGUGAGAGUGACACAGGGACAGGGGCGGAGGUGGGACAGGAAGAGACGAGGGCGAAUCGGUAAAGGGGAGGGGCUGAACCCUAGCACUAAAGGCCUCCCCGGGCCGCGAAGUGUGCUUGUCUGCAGCGUGCGAAGCCCAGGAGCAUUGGGCAAUUGCGGUUUCCUCUGAGCCCGCAGGAGCCCGUCGUGCCAGCCCUGCCCCGGGCGUCUCGGAGACUGAUCUGCCGGGGCAUGGAGGAGGCCACUGUGAGGCCUUCGGUGUUCGUGGUGGACGGACAGUCUGACAUUCCAUUCAGGAGGCUGGAGCGUGGCCGUUGGCGGCGGUCCUGCAGCGCAGCCCGGCUGGGCCUGGGUCUCCUGCUUCUGCUGCUGGGGGCCGGGCUGGUCGUGGAGGGCUGGUUCCUGGUCCAGAUGCACUGGCGCCUGGGAGAGAUUGGCGCCCGCCUGCUGGAAGGAGAAGCAGAAUCCUGGGACCAACUGGUGCCAGAGCGGAGGUCCCAUCAAACCAAUCCAGCAGCACAUCUCACAGGGGCCAACUCCAGCCUGUCGCGCAGUGGGGGCCCUCUGCUGUGGGAGACACAGCUGGGCCUGGCCUUCCUGAGGGGCCUCAGCUACCGCAACGGGGCGCUGGUGAUCUCCCGGGCCGGCUACUAUUACGUCUACUCCAAAGUGCAGCUGGGCGGCGUGGGCUGCCCCCAGGGGCCGGCCGGCAGCCUGCCCGUCACCCACGGCCUCUAUAAGCGCACAGCCCGCUACCCCAAGGAGCUGGAGCUCCUGGUCAGCCGGCGGUCACCCUGUGGGCGGACGGCCGGCUCCCGCGUCUGGUGGGACAGCAGCUUCCUGGGAGGCUUGGUGCAGCUGGAGGCUGGGGAGGAGGUGGUCGUGCGGGUGCCGGAUGAGCGCCUGGUCAGACUCCGCGACGGAACCCGGUCCUACUUUGGGAUGUUCCUGGUGUGAAGGAGGGGGUAACAGAGGAUUGAGCUGAGAGGGGGGGGGUCUUAUAGGCAGAGAUGUAAGAGGUUUGCUCAGCAGAGAGAAAACCAAGCAAGCAGAGAUCUUGGAGGGCACCCCUGGGGGAACCCAAAACUCGGCAAGUGACCAAGAAUCUGACUCUUCCAAGAGGCUGAAGACCCUUGGAAGGCAGCUCUGGGGAUCAAAGGAGACUGCAGACCCUGCCCUGGAUAAUUCUGAACCCAAAGACCCAGAGACUUGGGGGUCUGCAAUCCCCAAGAGUGGCAUAAAGCUGAUUUUCCUGAUAUUCAGGAAGAAGGGGAGAGGAGUGGGUAUUUAUGCUUUUGAUUCAGAGGAAUGUGGAACUUGGGGGCCAGGGACUUGGCUGGGGACAAGAAACGCAGCACCCCACCCCCUGCCCACUCUCAGAGUGUGGGUGGGGGGCGGGAUUCAUCCUCAAGACUCAUCCGUGUGGAGGGCGAGACCGCCGGAGGGUCAUCAUCACACACACCAUUUCCACCCACGGGCUUGUGGUCAGUCUGCAGCCUGGUCAUGCAAAAGUACAUCAGGGCACACAGACGCAGCAGUGUGCUGGUAAACACUUAACAACUGGCUCUCCUGCGAGGGGGGCGGCUUAGUGGAAUUUGCCAAUUUCCGUGGUGUAAAUGCCCCUACUGCGGCUGAUUUCCGGCUGUGAAUAUAUCACCUAACGGUUUGUUGUAUGCCGCCUCCGCUAAGAACACAUUCUAUCUGGGCGGGAUGGGGGUGGGACUCGGUGAGAGUAGAGAUAAUGGCUGUUUUGGCCACUGCUGUGUCCUCAGCAUCCAGCUCAGGGCUUGAAAUAUGAUAGGCACUCGGGAAAUGAGAGAGAGGCAGAGAAAGAGAGAGAGAGAGGGAGAGAGAGAGAGAGAGAGAGAGAGAGAGA